AUGCCUCAAGUCAUUGGCAAGCAAGUCGGCCCUAUUGGCUAUGGUCUCAUGGGCUUCACCUGGCGUCCUGAGCCAACCCCCAUCGAUCAAGCCAUUGAAGCAUUGAAAGCUGCCUUGGAGAGCGGUCUGACUCUGUGGAACGGCGCUGAAUUCUACGGCACCCCCGAGUGCAACUCCAUGACCUUGAUGAAGGCUUACUUCACCAAGUAUCCCGAGGACGCCGAUAAAGUUACACUUGUCAUCAAGGGAGGAAUGGAUCUUGCGACACACAAACAAAACGGCACCCCUGAAGGCACACGUCGCAGUCUGGAUAAUAUUAUCAACCAACUCGGCGGGACUAAGAAGCUCGACGGCUUUGCUCCUUCUCGACGCGAUCCCAAUACGCCCCUUGAGGUUACAUAUGGCGUCAUCCAAAAAGAGUACAUUGACACCGGCAAAUUGGGAGCCGUCUACCUCUCUGAGUGCAGUGCCGACACCAUUCAUGAAGCCGCCAAACUCGCCAAGAUUGGCGCGGUUGAAGUCGAGAUGAGCAUGUUCUCGCCUGACAUUCUUACCAAUGGCGUAGCUGAAGCCUGUGCUCAGCACGAUAUUCCCAUCUUGGCUUACUCACCCAUGGGUAGAGGUAUGCUCACUGGCAGGUUCAAAAGCAUUGCGGAUAUCCAGGAUCGUGGUAUCAUGUCAAAAUUCCCGCGGUUCCAGCCCGGCGCAUUUGAGCACAACCUUCAGCUCGUCAAUCAAGUCGAAGAGAUUGCAAAGGAAAAAGGUUGCACGCCCGGUCAGUUGGCUAUUGCCUGGGUUCGCAAGCAUAGCAAUCGCCCUGGACUGCCUACCAUCAUUCCGAUUCCAGGUGCUACGGCCGCUUCGCGGGUAAGGGAGAACGCAAAGGUUGUAGAUAUUACUGAGGAGGAAUUCGCCAAGAUUACCGAUCUGGUAAAGAACUUUGAGACGGCUGGAAAGAGAUAUCCUGAUUUUGUCCCCACAAACACCUAG